AGCUGCCGCUGCCGAGCCGCGCUCCGCUCCGUGCCGGCCCCCGCCGCAGCUUUGCCGCUCCGCAGGCUGCGGGAGCGGGCGAUGUGACGGCGCAGCCGGCGGCGGAGCCUCCCCGGCAGCGCAGAGAGGAGUUCCCCCAGCCUCCCUCCCCGGUGGGGCGGAGCGGAGCCACCCCUCCUCCAUUCUCCAUCCUCGGCGGAGCAGCGAGGAACGGAGUGGAGCCCCCCGCCUCUCUUCCUCCUUCCCUGCCUCCUUCUCUCCCCGGCGGCGGCCGCAGCCCGGGGCGGGAGCGCGGAUGCGGCGCGGAGCCCGGCGGAGCCCAUCUCGGGGCCGGGGCCGGGGCCGGGCGCCGCCGAGAGCGGGGGGAUGCUGAGCCCCGCCGCCCGGCACCGCGCCCGCCGCCGGGAAAUGCUCCUCGUGCUCGCUCUGUGGCUGGCGUGGCAAGAAGCGACCGCGGCGCCGACCCCCGCGGCGGAGGACAUCACCCGGGGAGUUGACUGGCUGACAAAAUUUGGGUAUCUGCCUCCUCCGGACCCUGUCACGGGGCAGCUGCAGACACAGGAGGAGCUCACCAAGGCCAUCACUGCCAUGCAGAGGUUCGGGGGGCUUGAGGCCACAGGAGUCCUAGAUGAAGCCACCCUGGAGCUGAUGAAGACCCCUCGCUGCUCUCUGCCCGACAUCACCAUUGACGAGACCAGGAGGAAGCGAUUUGCCCAGGCUGUCACCAAGUGGAGCAAAAGGAACUUGUCCUGGAGAGUUCGCACCUUCCCAAAAGAGUCCCACCUGGGCCACGACACUGUCCGAGCCCUGAUGUACUAUGCCCUGAAGGUCUGGAGUGACAUCACCCCACUGAAUUUCCAUGAAGUGGCAGGAAACAAUGCCGACAUCCAGAUAGACUUCUCCAAAGCAGAUCACAAUGAUGGCUAUCCCUUUGAUGGACCUGGGGGGACAGUGGCACAUGCUUUCUUCCCUGGAGACCAUCACACAGCAGGGGACACUCAUUUUGAUGAUGAUGAAUAUUGGACUUUCCGAUCAUCAGACACUCACGGGAUGGACCUAUUUGCCGUAGCUGUCCAUGAGUUUGGCCAUGCCAUUGGCUUGACCCACAUCUCUGCCAUAGAGUCUAUCAUGAGACCCUACUACCAAGGUCCAGUGGGAGAUCCUCUGAAGUACGAUCUGCCUUAUGAGGACAAAGUCCGGAUCUGGCAACUCUAUGGAGUCAGGGAAUCUGUGUCCCUCACAGCCAAACCUGAAGUAAGAAAAACGGAUGAGCAUCCAGUCCUUCCAGAGCUGCCAGAGAAUCGCUCCACUGUGCCGCUCAGGCGGGAUGUGCCCAACAGGUGUAACACGCACUUCGAUGCAGUGGCCCAGAUCCGGGGAGAGGCCUUCUUCUUCAAAGGCAAAUACUUCUGGAGACUGACUCGCAAUAAGCACUUGGUCUCCCUUCAGCCUGCUCAGAUCCACCGUUUCUGGCGGGGUUUGCCUCUCAAUCUGGACAGCCUGGACGCAGUCUACGAGAGAACCAGUGACCACAAGAUUGUCUUCUUCAAAGGAGACAGAUACUGGGUCUUCAAAGACAACAACGUGGAGGAAGGGUAUCCACGGCCUAUUUCUGACUUUGGCCUGCCCCUGGGAGGAAUUGAUGCUGCUUUCUCCUGGGCUCACAAUGACAAGACUUAUUUCUUUAAGGACAAUCUCUACUGGCGCUAUGAUGACCAUGAGCGGAGGAUGGAUCCUGGGUAUCCUUCAGAGGCCAUCCUGUGGAAGGGAAUACCCAGCCCUUUAGACGAUGCCAUGAGGUGGUCAGAUGGUGCAAGUUACUUCUUCAAGGGCAAGGAGUACUGGAAGCUGCUGGACAGUGAGCUGGAGGUGCAGCCCGGGUAUCCGCAGUCCAUCGCUAGGGACUGGCUGGUGUGCAGUGACAUGCAGGCUGAUGCCCCCGAGACAGCCGGGAGCAGCAGGACCGGGGCACGCUCCAGGCCGGGGCUGCACGACGAGAGCCGCUCGAAGAACGGCUACGAGGUCUGCUCCUGCACCUCGGGCACCCCAUCCGUGCACCCUCACCCCAUACCCAGACUGACAGCCAGCCUCGUGCUGCCUGUGUGGACAGCAGCACUGGUCUGUGCAGCCCUAUGACAGCUCAUCUCACUGGCAGGACAACAUCAUGGUGCUCCAGGAUACAUGAUUGCUGACUGUUGCGAGUGGAAAAAAAAAAGCAUUCCUAGGAACAUGCCAGUGAAGGGUUUGAAUUCUCCAUGAGAAAAGAACAGUGAUUUUGUUUUGGGGUUUUCUUUCUUUUUAAUUUUAGUUUAAAAGUCUAACAACAGAGUUGAGUUCUGCACUUUCUUAUUCCCCCAUCCAGUUAAAGAUGAGAGUGGUCUCGUGUUGAAUUUAGAAAUGCUCCAUAGAGAUGUGUUGCUCUGGAUGUUUAAACACAGCAAACAAGGGAGGGGAGAGCUGGGAGUGGGGACAGAAGAGAUGCUGCUGAGAUAGACUGUGACAGAAAGGCAUCUGGCAGAAGGUAGUAGUUAUGUGCUGACACAAUGUACACAUCCCAUUGGAUGUACUAGGUAGAAGAAACUGUGACUCUACUAAGAUUAGCUGCAAGGUGAUCAUUAUUUUACUAUCAAGCCUGCUGUAGUCACUGGUGUCUGGGGAACCUGUAUCAGUUUCUGUGGGUCUGAAACACCUUUGCCUUUCAGAAGGCACUGCAGCUUAUCUUUGUAUGCAAGUAAUUAUCAUUUAACAAUUUCUCUAAUAAAUCUUGGCCACCUACAUGAAGAUCUCCCGAUCCUGUGCUAGAUCAAGCCUGACACCUGCAGCAAGUUUCUGGCUGCUGAGGCUCUUAGCAGCCUCACCUCCGGAUGAGGAGCAGUGCAGCCAAAUGAGAUGCAGUUACAGCCACUGCCCCACACUAAUCUAUGCACACAAUCUCCCGGUCUUAGAAUUCUUGCCUCAGAUUGGCUUAUGUGUUGGGAGGAAUCAAGAUGUAUUGCAUUUCUUUGUGACUCUGCCAUACCUGGCUGUGCUGCAUAGGAUGGGCUUGAGCAGGGAAGAUGCUGCAAGGUCAGCUCAAACUCUUUUUGAUGCCUCUGACAGGAGCUUGGAGUGGCAGAAGCCAAGGUGAAGCACUGCAUUAGGAUGUUCCUGUUUGGGUUUAUUCCUCACUAUCAAUUUUCUGUGGUAUGAUUUGGGCAUCUAAGAGUCCUUGAAAGUGGUGAGUGAGAACUUGGAUGAGAUGUCAAGGAAGCCAGGGUCCUCGAGUCUGCUGUUGUUGGGGGACAUCAGUGGGCAGAGGCUGCUGGCACACACUCUUCUUCUCUGCCCUGCUUCUGCAAAGCUCCUUCACAAAUGCCUUUUGCUGCCCUGCUGCCGUCAGCUCCUUGGGGAGACACGGCAGCAGCAUGUCACUGCAGGACCCAAAGCUGCUCCAGUGGCCCUGGUGCCAGGUGUAACACAAAACCCUCUGUGGCACAGCAGGAAAGGCAGAAAAAGUGCACAGCUGCAUCCUGACAGAAAAAGGGGGUCUUCUCAAGUUUCCCUCUGCUAUUUGGUCUGGGGCUGUCAGGAUUAACCAUGAACAACCCAGCCAGACCCCUGAUCCCUCAAGGGAAGCGUCAAACAAUUCAGUAAUGAUUACAGAGGAAAAAUUACUGCUAAUCAUUUACAAUCUGGGGGGAAUUUCCUUGGUAAUUACAAACCUAGGACAUGGAGAAUACUGGAGGUAGAAUCCCAGUUUUGGCCAUGAGCACCUGGAGAAGAAGGAUAUUUCUCUUCCACAGGAUGGAAAGCCCGGCACCCUGGUGUUUCAGGGGCAGAUGAACGAAUGUGCAGGGGAAGGAAUGACCAGCAGGACCUUUCUCCACCUCACUUCCAACUCCAAGGUGCAGCAGCUCCAGGUGUGAUCAGCUGCCUCCAGAGGGUCACCUGGACACACCUAUGCAGGGAGCUGCUAGCCCAGAGGGGCCAACAGGGGCAUCCGGAGUGUCCCUCCAGAAAGCACAAAUGGAGCAUCCAGCAGGGGCUGGGGAGCAGCCAUGUGCACCUGGGCAUGGGAGCAUCACUCCAAGAAAAUGCCAAGGGAAAAGCUCUCAUGCCAACAGGCAGCACCUGAGCAGGCUGGGCAGCACGCAGGGUCCCAGGGAGGAGCUUUUAACUUUCCCCAUUUAUCUUGUCUCCCUCAAGCCUCCAGUCCCUCCACAGUGCCCCAAGGAAGGAAAGGGGUUAAUUAGGAGAAAUGGAUUUAAAUUGAGGGAAAAAGCUUCCUUUUCCAUAAUUGUCUGUGUUUAAAUUGUGGGGGAAUCUGCUUCCCCUGCGACUUUAAUGGUCUUAAUUGAAGGAAACUCUGCCUUUUGCAUGCUGUUAGGGGUAUUAAUUAGCAGGGAAUCCUCAUUUUCCAUUACUGUCCAGGGAGAGGAAAACCUUGAUGAUGCCUUUUUAUGAGUUUGAAUUAAGGGUAACUCCCCUUUUCUCAUCAUCCUAAGGCUUAAACUGAGGGGGAAGCCCACAGUUGUCCCUCCUUUUUAAGGGUUUGAAUUGAGGGAGAAAUCCCCCUUUUUCACUCACUGGAGAGAUUUAAAGUUAUGAAAACCCCUCUUUUCCCAAUAUUUUAGUGGAUUAAAUCUUGAGUUUAUUUGCACUCACACCAAUCAGCAAGGUAACCAUGCAAAGUAAUCUAAGGCUCCUCAAUAGUAAGAACUGGCAUUUGUUUACAAAUUACAUGCAGUUUUGUAUGGUGCUGUGUAGCCUCAGAGACAAGUACAGAAAAAAGAACUACAGAACUGGAACCUAAGUUUGAACAGCUAAGUCAUUUGUACCUUCUACAUGAAAAUAAAGCAAACAUAACCACAA